AUGACUCGGGUAAAUGCGGGCCACGAGAACUCGUAUAUGAGUUCCCUGCUCGAUUCAAAAGGACAGGUGAGCAAUGCGAAGACUGAAGUGAAAUAUGGCAAAGGAAAAUAAAGUUGCAGCCACCGCCACAGUUCGAUGACACGUCCCGCGGUGUGCUCAUUGCUCUCAUCAGAGACAGACCGACCAUCUGGAAUUCGAGUGCAAAACUGGUCAAAGAUGACGUCAUCGCUUCAUUCCAGCAGUGCUCCGCUAUACUGUCAAAUAUGGAUUCAAGUUAUACCUGUGAGUUUACAUAUUUACUGAAACACUGCCUGAAGAUUAGUCUAGUUUACAAUUGCACAUAUUUCAGUGUGGGUGAUAAUUGAGAAAUGGUGCUGGGUUGUGGAGAGCUACGUCAGAUGUCAUUACUUGAAUCCGCCAGUGGAAUGGAGGUACAACAACACGCUGGACUUCCUGAAACCGUUCAAGGCGCCCAACUAUCCGUACAUGGGGUGAGUCACCAGAACAAUGAGCAAUCUUGAAGUGAGCACCUUUCAGAUGUCUUUCCAAACAGAGACGUGACCAGCUGACGAAGAUGUACGGAGACCUAGAGACCAUAAAAGUGAUGGAGCUGACCGAGAACUUGGAACUUCCAGUCGGCAUCUUCCGGGAUGAGAUGGCUCAAUUCGCGGGCGAAGAGAUAAUCAAAUCGGAAAUAGACCUGAUGUCGAGGACGGUCGGACAGGUGGUCAAUGCGAAGCGGAGAGGAAGGCCCACAAAGAAUGUGAGUGAACGAACUUGAGCGGAUCAAUCGCAAUUUUUUUCGUUUCAGAGAUCACCGACAGACCAAUUCACAAAUCUAACGCCGCAUUCCGCACAAUUCCAGAAGCUGCUCGAUGCCAAUCUUCCACCGUCAGAGCUCGGACAAGCCGACGAGUUUGGAUUCACUCUGGGAAUGUACAACUUCCUCGUCGACAUUAUUCACGAAAAACCAGCAAUCUGGAAUUCUGAACAUCAACAAGAGGAUGAUGAGCAAACAGAAGAGCAGUUGUUCGAGAAGGUCGCUAAGGAACUGACUGUAAAGUUCAAAGGAUUGGUGGAUGAUUCACAGUUGGAUAAGAUGACGGGUCCGUUUAUAAAGACGGUUUGGAACAGUAUGCAGGAAAAGUACCGAGAUGAGGAGAGCGUGAUUUCACUGCCGAAAUGGAGAAAAGUGAGUACCCUUUUAAAUUUGAAAGUAUCAAGCAUACCGUGAGUUGGUGUCUUCUUCUCAUACCCGUUUCCCCAUGAAUCUGUUGUUGAACUCCAAUUUCACGGCUCGGGCCAAUUCGCCUAAUUUUCGGUGCAACGGCACGGACCGACAGCUGUGAGCCAGCUGUUGGCCUUCGCAGCGUGGCGCCAUCGUCUGUCUUUUUUUGCCGCAUCGGAAUCUCUGCUGCAGAAGCCGGGCGGUACGGUUGUGGGAGGAAAAGGGGGGAUUGGGAGAGAGUCCGAACAAACGGAGAAUUAUUUUGAGAGGAAAAUAGUCCGAAAUAGGCCAAGUGAACGUGCGGGUGAACGGGAAGAGGUCGAUUGUCGCGACGAAGGCAUGACCCGAAUGCGGGUGGGUCGAAUGAGGUCACACCUCGACGGAAACGGGGACGCCGGUCUAGUUAUACUUUAUGGCCAGAAGGCCGCGUCCACCGCACUCGUUCCCUCGACAGUCAUUAUUGCGUUCCGCUUGCCGUCAAAGGUGCUGACCCACUGAAUUUCGUUUGGCCCAUCUAAAUAUACUGUCAGUUUUUAUCAAAUCUACUCUUUUUUACAGACUCUCCACAUUCUGUCUCACAAGUUGAUGCCACCGUUCGCUCUAGAGAACGUCUUCAUUAAAAGCGAAGGUGAGUCCAUCCAUCCCGCUCUCUUCGUCUCUGUCCCCCGGCUCUUCAACCCGUCAGUUUCCAUUCACUUGGUCCUCUUUCUGCUCCGGUCGGCCGACCCAUGUUUGUUGUCAUCUUCUCCUCCGACUCGGCCUGCUUCUUCGUGGGAAUCGUCGUGGGAAGCGAAGCGUCGGUCGGCACUGCACGCGCUCGCAGUGAAAGAGCUCGUCUCGGAUGGGACGUUGUGUCCUCCCAGUUCUCUCCUCCCAUCGCUUCCCCCGCUCUCCUGAGCUUGUAGGAUUCGCACAACAUUUAGCAUGAGAAACUGACAAUGACUACUUUCUGCACGAGGAGAUCGUGCUCAUGUCAGCUGUUUAUACAUUUCCUCGUGAACAUACGUUCCACGAAAAGACUCAUCAAUUCAUUUCGAGACCCUGUCUUCUCCCGAAUGCGUUUUCGUCAAUUUUACUACGAAAAGCGACCAGGUGCUACAUUAGUGCCUUAAAAGAGUGUCACCUCCGUCCGUCCGUCCAUCCAUCCAUCCAUCCUCUUGUCUCUUCCUGCUCCUCCGUUUGCCCCAUCGUUGCUGUCGUCGUCGUCCGCAUUUCGAUUUUCCCACCACAUUGUGCCUGGAUUCUCCGCGAGCAGCCAGCUCUCUCAGCCCACCGUUCCCACAAUAUUGAGUCCUCCCUGGGCAGUCUCAUCGUCGAAAGAGGGAGCACACCCUCCUGCCCCCUCCCCACGCACCAACACCAUUCGUCCCCCCGCUCUUUCUUUUUUGAAUCAGAAGAGCGGGGCGUUCCCAGCAGCGCGAUCCUCCAACAACAAAAAGUCGUGGGAUCGUAUAGUCGAGACACAUUUUAUUCCUUCGUCUAUUCAAUUCCACUUUCAGUCCACGGAACUGCCUGAAGCCGCAAUUUCUUUUGUAGGCUCUCGAAAGUUUUCCGAACAUUCAAGUCUCCCAUUUCAUUUCUAAAAUGAUCGAGAAUCACCGCAGGCAGAUGCCGUGGCUUUUUCAGUCCAGAUACAGUUCCCUUUAUGGCAUGCAAAACGUAUCGUGGGAACAGUUCCUUUCGCACACUGGCCAUAAAACGGCCGAAAGUAUCAUUCUCUGUGAUCUUUCCGCUGUGCUCCGACAUGACGAACCCUCUGAAUGAGUUUCCGUUUGAUAAUCACCGCCGCCGCGCACCUUGCUCGUUAAUGGCUAAUAAAUCGGCGACUGCUCCCUCCCAUUCUGGUCCCGUACUGCCCUCCCGCCCCCUUGCCUCUCCACUCACUACCUCCCGACUUCCCUUCGCAAUGAACGUUGCCCAGUAUCAAACAUUCCUCAACUACAUGCUGAAUACUUGGAGUGUCUCCCCUCAACUUAUUCAAUCCAUGCUUCUAGACCCUUCCACAUCUGCUGGACUCACAUCUGGAGGCAACGUGGCUUCUUCUUCUCCAACCGGAUCGUCCCAAAGUGAGGACUCGAGAAUGGCGACCUCUUCUCCAGCCACAAAUACCCAGUUCACUCCGAUGCCGGGAAUGAGCAACGGCUCAAAAUCCAUCCAAACAGUUCUCGACAAUCUGGUGGCCAGGAGUCUGAAGGAGGGAUCUGCGGAGUAUAGUGAAUUGAAGCACAUUCUGGAGCAGAAGUGAGUCGGCGAAAGGACCGAAAAGAGAUUCUAAAUGAACUUUGCAGAAAGACAGACAAUGAUAAUGGCCCAGCUGCGAAAAGAUUGAAGCAGAACGGAUCGCCGCCAAGGACAAUUCUUUACAACGACGGUAGAAAAGUUCCACAAGCUGUAAGUGACAGUAUAAAGAGAGCUAGGGAAAUAAACGGAGGUUUUCAGCCGAUCUCGACGUGGGUUCCACCGAGGGAAGAUCUGACAUCGAAAGUGAAGGAAGAGCCGAGCAUCCAAACGCCGAAAAAGGCACAGGCAACGGCGGUUAUCAAAAGUGGAAUUCCGUUGGAGAAGCAGCUGAAGAAGGUGAGCAUUGAGAGUGAAUUGAAAGAAAACAUUGAAAGUGUUUGCAGUUGCAGCAACAGAACGCCGCCACGUUGAUUCCGGUGACUUCGGCGUCCCUCCAGUCUCGCACGAACCUGCUCGGAUUGACUCCGAUGGUGCUCCCGCAGUCGGCUAUUCAACAGGCUUUGCUCAAGAAGAUGGACACGUCAUCGCCGAUGGCGUCGAUUUCGUUGAGUUCGCAGCCGACGCAAGUUUUGAUGAACGGCGGAAUGAACGGCAAUUCGGAUGACUGCAAGUGGAACUUCUUGGGUGAGUAACGGAAAGCACGGCUUCUGAUGGCAACGACGUCUGAUUUCAGGGAAGCUCGUGACGACUGUGGCCCGUGAGGUGGAGUCGCGGGACCAAUUGGCCGCAUGCGAACUGUUCCGAGAUCUCCAGCAAGUGCUCUAUCAGUACCAGAUUAAAUCUUUGCAACCAAAAGAAUCCAACUCUCAGUUGAAACCCGGAUCUCUCUAA